CGACGGACGGAAGAAGAAAUCACAACCAAACAUUGCCCCAACUUUGCUUCCCACGACGAUUUCUCGCUUCGAUCGCGAGUAUUCGUCCGAUUGCCGUUGUCGAGGGAGGAAGCGUCAGCCCCGGGUGCCGAGCAUGAUGAGAGCUCCCGAUCGUCUCCGGCUUCUUGCCCCCCUCCUGCUGCUGUUGCUUCUUCCUUCGUCGUCGCUGUCUUCGUCGCCUCCUGAUGUGCGGGAAAGCAUCGGGGAGUUGCUGCGAAGGUUGGAGAACAAGCGGCCUUCUUCUUCCGUCCAGGUGGCAGCCGCCCAUGCCCUCCUCCUACGGUUGCUCCCCACCCAUCACUCCAGCUUCCGCUUUGAGAUCAUCCCCAAGGGAAUUUGCAAGCAAAACGGUUGCUUCCAUAUCAGUAAUGUCAAUAGCUCGAACAGUGAUGGAGCAGAGAUAUUGAUUCGAGGUACCACAGCAGUAGAGAUCUCCUCCGGUCUUCACUGGUAUCUCAAGUACUGGUGUGGUGCCCAUAUUUCAUGGGACAAAACAGGUGGUGUUCAAUUAGCUUCAGUUCCUCCACCUGGGUCGUUGGCUCGUGUAGAUGGUGAAGGGGUGAAGGUUGAACGCCCCGUUCCUUGGAGUUACUACCAAAAUGUUGUUACUUCCAGUUACUCCUAUGUUUGGUGGGACUGGAGACGAUGGGAAAAAGAGAUUGACUGGAUGGCACUCCAAGGAAUCAACUUACCUUUGGCAUUUACAGGGCAAGAAGCCAUCUGGAAGAAGGUUUUUAAGGGUUUUAAUGUUAGUAGUGAUGAUUUGAAUGAUUUUUUUGGUGGACCAGCCUUUCUUGCUUGGGCUCGAAUGGGAAACUUACAUGGAUGGGGUGGACCGCUGUCUCAAAAUUGGUUGAAUCAACAAUUAUUAUUGCAGAAACAGAUCCUAUCUCAUAUGGUUGAGCUUGGAAUGACUCCUGUGUUACCAUCAUUCUCCGGCAAUGUUCCAGCUGUAUUUAGAAAAUUAUUCCCCUCUGCAAGUAUUACCAGACUUGGCGAUUGGAACACUGUUGAUGGUGAUCUUCGGUGGUGUUGUACAUAUCUUCUUGAUCCAAAAGAUCCUUUGUUUGUUCAAGUGGGAGAGGCAUUUAUCAAGCAACAAAUUGAAGAAUUUGGGGAUGUAACUGACAUCUACAACUGUGAUACAUUUAACGAAAAUUCCCCACCAACAGAUGAUCCAAAGUAUAUCUCAUUGCUUGGAGCAGCUGUUUAUAAGGCCAUGUCUAAAGGUGAUAAAGAUGCUGUAUGGUUAAUGCAGGGCUGGUUAUUUUCCUCAGAUGCAGCAUUUUGGAGGCCACCUCAAAUGAAAGCACUUCUGCAUUCUGUUCCUAUUGGAAAGAUGAUAGUCCUUGACUUGUUUGCUGAUGUCAAACCUAUAUGGAUACAAUCUUCUCAGUUCUAUGGGGUUCCAUAUGUCUGGUGCAUGUUACAUAACUUUGGUGGAAACUUGGAAAUGUAUGGCAUACUUGACAUGAUCUCAUCAGGCCCUAAUGAUGCUCGUCUUAGCAAGAAUUCUACCAUGGUUGGUGUUGGUAUGUGUAUGGAAGGAAUAGAGCACAAUCCUGUAGUGUAUGAGCUUAUGUCUGAAAUGGGAUUUAGAAGUCAAAAGGUUGAACUCAAGGAAUGGUUGAAAAGCUAUUCUCUUAGGCGCUAUGGUCAGGCAUUUCCCCAGAUAGAAGCUGCAUGGAAUAUUCUUUAUCAUACAAUAUAUAAUUGCACAGAUGGAGUAGCUGAUCAUAACAGAGACUACAUAGUCCAGUUCCCAGAUUCUGUUCCCAUUCUACAGGAUUCUCAGUCUUCUAAUGAAGGACCAAGCAGAAGAUUCUCAGUGGUGGACAAGAACCAUAGGUUCUCAUUUAGGGAGACUAGUUCUAGUAUGCCACGUCCACAUUUAUGGUAUUCAACUGAAGAAGUGAUAAAUGCCCUUAAGCUAUUUCUUGAUGCAGGAGAUAAUCUCACAAGAAGUGCAACAUACAGAUAUGACCUUGUUGAUCUUGCAAGGCAAGUGUUAUCAAAACUAGGAAAUCAGUUUUAUUUAGAUGUGAUGACUGCAUACCAAGAGAAGGAUGCAAAAGCAUUAAAUUUUCACAGCCAAAAAUUUCUGGAUCUUAUCGAGGACAUUGACGAGCUUUUGGCUUCUAAUAACAACUUUUUGCUUGGGACAUGGUUAGAAAGUGCAAAAAGCCUAGCAGUAAGUGAUAGCGAGAGAAGGCAGUAUCAAUGGAAUGCAAGAACACAAGUAACAAUGUGGUAUGACAACACGAAGACCAACCAGAGCAAACUUCAUGACUAUGCCAACAAAUUUUGGAGUGGCCUGCUCAGGAGCUAUUACCUACCCAGGGCUUCAACUUAUUUCAGUUAUCUAUCUCGAAGUCUGCAACAAAAUACGGACUUCGCUUUGGAGAAAUGGAGAAUGGAUUGGAUAUCAUAUUCUAAUAAUUGGCAAGCAGGCACGGAAGUUUAUGCUACCGAAGCUGCAGGCAACUCUAUAGCCAUUUCUAAAGCCUUGUUAGAGAAAUAUUUUAGCUGAUUUCACUUUUUCUUUCUCCAUUCGAACUAUGGAUGUAAAAUAAAUAAGCAGAUUGCAGUUUAUUGGGUUCCAGUGAUUUCCCUGAUCUGAA